CAUCUCCUUCUGAACAGCCUUCCAGGACACAAACCUCUCCAGACACCAUGGACAAGAUCAUUGUUUAUGAUAAGCCGAAUUUCGAGGGCCUCAGCAGAGAGUUCACCUCCAAUGUUGCCAACUUAAAUGAUGAGAACUUUGAUGACUGCAUCUGCUCCCUGAAGGUGAUCGGGAAUCCUUGGGUGUUACACUGUGAUCCCAAUUUCAGUGGUUACCAGUACAUCUUUGAAGAAGGAGAAUAUCCCACAGUGGACUGGGACAGCUUCUUCUGUGGAGCUGCUUCUCGACCUUCUUCUCUAGAGGUGGUGACCGAGGACCUGGAAGAUCCACAGAUCACACUGUAUGACGAGCCAAACUACAAAGGGAAGAGUGUCGUCCUCACCUGUGAGACCAACUUGUGUCACGGCUCUUUCAACGAUUCUGCAUCUUCUCACAAAGUCCAGAGAGGAGCGUGGGUUCUCUACCAGCAUCAGAACAGAAGUGGAGCUCAGAUGUUGGCCAGAGCUUCUCAUGACAUGCCCAACUACGGAUGGUUUAGCAACCGACUGAGCCACCUGCGUCCUCUUAAGUCAGGGAAAGUGACCAUGACAGCUAAGGUGCUCUGGGACCAGAAGAAAGAACAAGUCAAAUCUGCCAUCAUCGACUCCAUAUGUAGUCUGAACAGCGGAUCACAUGAACAGACCCUCAUCACAGAGCUUGAUCGAGAGUACGAGGGCUCCAUCACUGAAAGUUUCAGCUUCGGCAAUACUACUCAGAUCGGCUUAGGAGCAAAAUUCUGCCUAGAUGUGGCACCAGUACUGCUCUCUCUUAGCAACACCUUCAUAGUGGAGAAGGGCGGCAGCAACACCAGAACCGAGAAGAAGAUUGUCAAAGUCUCGAUGCCAACCACCAUCCCUUCACACACAAAGGUCACCGUGAAUGUGGUCAGGAAGGAGGUGGAGGUGAAGGUCCCAGUGGAGCUGACCAUCACCUCAGGUUUCCAUGAGAAAACUGAGAAAGGGCACUACAUUUUUUCCAAUGGGAGCUCCAUCAUCACUGAGAUCAAGGAAGAAUGUCUCAAGGAGUAGAUUUACAAAAUGGUUUAUCAGUUGAAUAUUUCGAUGAGCCUCCUAU